CCCCGUGGCGCAAAAGAGUUACUGUCAAAGGCAGCCUCCUUUUAACUCCAGCUAUCACUCUGGCUCCGAUAGUUAUGGCGACUGCAACAUCCAACCACUACAGCGUCCUCACCACCCCCAGCAGCGCGCAGCCGCCGCACUCGGAGUCCGGGAGCAUGCAGCAGGCGGCAGCGUACAGGGACGCGCACACCCUGCUCCAGAGCGACUAUAGCACGUUACCGGGCGGUGGACAUCCGCUCAGCCACGCGCACCAGUGGAUCGCGGCGCUGUCUCACGGUGACAGCGGGACGCCCUGGCCAUCGAGUCCCCUCGGAGAGCAGGACGUGAAGCCCGUGCUGCACGACAGUGACCGAGAGGAGCUGCAGAACUCCAGCAGUCUGCAGCAGCAGCAGCAGCAGCAGCAGCAGCAGCAGCAGCAACAGCGACACCCUCACCUCGCGCACCAGCAGGCGCAUCACGACGCCAGAGCAUGGCGAACCAGCACAGCCACCACGCACAUCCCCGGUAUGGCGACAUCUGAGGGCCAGAGCCUGGUUUACUCCCAGUCCGGAUUCGGGCUGAUGCCAGGGGGAGAGCAAGGGGGGAUGCACCACCACCCCCUGCGGGACGAGGACCACCACAGCCACAGCCCGCACCUCAGCGAUCACGGAGGCGGCCCCGGGGCCCACCAGCAGUCUCUCUCACACCAUCACGGGGGCCAUCAGGAUCACUCAGACGAGGACACGCCGACCUCCGACGAGUUAGAGCAGUUUGCCAAGCAGUUCAAGCAGCGACGCAUCAAGCUGGGCUUCACCCAGGCGGACGUGGGGCUGGCUCUCGGGACGCUGUAUGGAAACGUCUUUUCUCAGACCACCAUUUGCAGGUUCGAGGCGCUUCAGCUCAGCUUCAAAAACAUGUGUAAACUCAAGCCCUUGUUGAACAAGUGGCUGGAGGAGGCGGACUCCACAUCGGGGAGCCCCACGAGCCUGGAUAAAAUCGCAGCACAAGGACGGAAAAGGAAAAAGAGGACCUCCAUCGAGGUGGGCGUCAAAGGGGCUUUAGAGAGCCAUUUUCUCAAAAGUCCAAAACCAGGAGGAGUGGAGAUCACCUCCCUGGCGGAGAGCCUGCAGCUGGAGAAGGAGGUGGUGAGGGUUUGGUUUUGUAACAGACGACAGAAGGAGAAGAGGAUGACACCCGCUGGGGGACAGAUACCAGGAGGAGAGGACAUGUACGGGGACAGCCCUCCUCAUCACGGAGGACAAACUCCUGUGCAGUGACCCCCAGACUAUACUGUGAGCAAAACAGGGACCCCUUAAGGAGGAAUAAUGCCUCCUUAUUUGUUUGAUUCUCUGUGCUGGACAACUCCAAGCUGGACCUCAGCCAGUUUAAAUGUUGGACCCACGGACACACACAGUGGGGAUAUACAGUGGCACUCCAGCACUAAGAAUGCGCAGAGCAGAGAGCUGUGUGGAGAGGGUUCAUGCCGCGGAACUGCCGAGCAUACUGGGAUAUGCGGCUGGUGUGUGCUAACCAAAAAAAAUAUGAAGAAAAACAGCGACAUUGAAAUGCUUUUCUAAACCUUAAACCGAGGCGCCAAUGUUUCCUUAUGUAAUGUGUCAUUAAAGAAAGGCAGAGUGGUAAGUGGACACGAGGUGUCCGCGGGGGAACAUUUAGAAACAAGCUCCGGGCUCGAUGAUAAGUCGCAGUCAGUGUGGGUAAAUAAACGCCAUCUUUCCAUCAUAACAAAAGCAACAGGGGUUCUUCCCAGCUCGUGGCUAUAGAGGGCUGAAAUGGCAGACACCUGCUGUAGCCUACAAUGUUUAAAAAAUCAAGCCAAUACCAGCCAACUGCUAUUAUUAUUAUUAUUAUUAUUAUUAUUAUUAUUAUUAUACAAUUCUCAUUAUGCAUACACUUAAUGUGAUGCAUUGAUUGUAGUGUCAGCUGCACAAUAAUAAUGUAUUCUAAUUGAAUGUCCUUCCUUGAAAAUGUCUUGCUUUUGGAUAAUAAUUAUAAUAUUAAUAAUAAUAAUAAUAAUAAUAAUAACAACAAUAAUUUGACCAUACAGACUGGGCAUUGGUUCACUUUAAUGCUUUUCGUUCUGUGCAGACAUCUCUGUGCGCCUGUUUACAGUGUGUUUUUGAUGUUUGUUAUUUCCGUACUUUUCCAAAAUGCUGUGAAGAGAAAGACCGAGACUGUCCGGCUGGAACACUCAAAGCAAUCCAGCCCAUUUUUGCCUUCCUUUUACAAAGAAGAACAAAACUGAAUAUAUAUAAACUGGUACCAGCUCUAGCCGCAGUGGCUAAACUACUACUGUGGGACUCAUUCAUCCAGACUAUGUGUGGGAUGUAUUUCCUUUUUUUUGUAUGGCUUCGUUCGUUCGUUUGAAUGUUUGUUUGUUUGCUCAGUUUUUCUCUGUCAGUCUGUGCCAAAGCACAAACACAGACACGUGUUCUUGUGCCACUUAAACCCUGUGAUUAAUAACCUGGUCUGGUUAUUGAGGGAUGAACUCUCUCACUGAAAUCUAAAGAAAAUACAGAAACUCAAAUCCAGCUGAAGGAUGCAGAUGAGUUAGAAGAAAAUGUUGUUAUGAUAAUAACCAAUAAUGUGAUUUUUUCACUUUUUACAUGAGACGUUUUGCAUUUGAGAAACUUUCAGAUAAGGCCCAGUUUAAAAUGUCAGAAUCCCUUUUUUAAUUACGUCAUCGUCAAAUAUUUAAAAUGAAGCGUUUUAGGUUUUUUAGUGAUACGCUGUCCAUUUUGCUUAUUAAAGUGUACACAUAAAAAAAUCGCCUUUAUUUAAUUCCUAAUAUUUAUGUUAUGUAUAAACACUUAUUAUAAUUUAGACAAAAUCACAGGAAAUCCUUCAGCUGAAUUUGAGUUUCUGAGGUGAAAAAAAGAAAAACCAAAACAAAAUAUCAUCGACCUGAAAUCUGUGAUCUAACGAAGAGGAAAAAUAAAUCAACGAUUGCACAAUUUCUAUAUGCUUUUUUGUCAUUAAAUCGUAUUUGUUUU